AUGGUUUCGCCGGGGCGGGAGGAGGGUAAUCAGAGGCGCAGCAUCUCGCAGCUCCGCCGGCGCGGGGAGGAGGCCACGGGAAGGAGGAGUCGACGGCGGGCCGCGCUGAGAAAGGGAAGCUCCCAGCUCCGGCGGGGCCAGGCUCUGGCCGGAGGCUCGUUGUCUUCGCACUCCGGAGACUGCGCUAAACUCCCAACUCCUCCUCCAACCCUCCUUCCGCGGCGGCGGCGGCGGCGGCGGCCGCACAAUCCAACAUGGCAGCGGGGACGGGCGAGACCACAGGACGCAAGACGCGGGGGAGCGCGCCGGAAACGCGCGUCUGCGGCCCCGGGAGGACCCCCCCCACCAACGCCGCGCCGGACGGAGGCCACGCCCCCUUCCGGCAGAGGGGCGGCCGGACGCGGGGAUGCGGGUCAGGCGCGGACUCUCGUGUCUAGGCUCCAUUCUUGGGUGUUUUCCGGCGGCAGAGGCCUGGACGGAGGAGGUGUCUGGUCUCCGUGGCAGAGCUGCCCGUCUCUCUUCUGCGGACGCGCACCUUUGCGGAGCUUCAGUGCAUACCCAGGUCAUCCAGGUCGUAUUUCUGGGGCGCGACAGCCGGACGUUCACACCGCUUGUCAGAAAGAGCUCUCUGAAAGUGCACCUCAGGUGGGACUGGAACCCAGCUGCACCUCAGAUGGAACUUGAACCCACAAUCUUCCAACUGAAAACCACAACUCAUCUCAGGACUUAAUGAAGCUCAGGUUCUUUAUGUCUCGGCACAGAAGGAAUUCAGUGAGAGGCAAAGUGAUAGGUAAGAAGUAGAUUUAUUAGAAUAGGACGCUUGUGAAGGACUCAAGUGGGCAGGCAAGAUGGCUCUCCCCCAAGAACCAAGUGGGCUACAUUUUUAUAAUCAAAGGAAAAGUGGGGAGGGGGAGAAGACCACCUUCCUCAAAAGAUGUUGCAAGAAAAUGGGGCACGAGAGGAUGGUCAUAUCCCAGGUCUCAGCUGAGUCCCUGGGACAGGCCGCCAAAUGAGGGUCCUUGGCUUCGUGCAGGAAAGAAUUCAAGAAUGAGCCAGAAUAAAGUGAAAGCAGGUUUACUUACUCAUUCCAUAGGCAGAAUGGGGUCCGUCUCAGAAAGUGAGACAGCCCUGGGAGAUACACACUCCAUAGAUAAGAGUGUGGACCAUCCCAGAAGGUGAGAGAGCCCCCAGGCUGCAGGAGUGGUUAGUUUUUAUGGGCUGGGUAAUUUCAUAGGCUAAGGAGUAGGAAGAUAAUUCAAACUCUUUUGGGGGUGUGGGUGGGGAUUCCCAGGAACUGGGCUACUUUCCACGUUUUGGCCUUUGAUGGUUGGCCUUGGAACUGUCAUAACAUCUGUGAGUGUGUCAUUUAGCAUGCUAGUGUAUUACAAUGAGUGUAUAAUGAGGCUCAAGGUCUACUGGAAGUCUAAUCUUCCACCAUCUUGGGCUUAGUUGGUUCCAACCAGUUUGUGUCUUAUCCUCAAUGGCUAUGUCAUUCUUUUAAUCGUUGUGCCCUGCCCCCUUCUCUCCUGUCUCAUUUCUAUUACCUGCACCUAAAAGAUCCUUGACCAAGAUAACAUUUUAAACUAAUUUGAACAAGUUAUUUAAAAAUUAAGUUUCGUAUUUUCUUUCUCACAUUUCCAUUUUCCUCCUUUAAGAUUUGUAGGAAGAUAAAGACAGUGGAAUACUGGUACUUCUUUUUUACCUGGAUACUCUUCAUACUGAAAUUCUUGUAUGUUUACGUUAUGUUCAGUUAGACUAGGACUCUGAAUUGAUGAAAGAGGGAAGUUCUAAUAGGCAUCAAAACUGACUUGGUAUGAUGACUCAGCUCCUACAUAAUGGUGGUGUCUAUGUGCAUGCACAUUAUAGUGUUCUGACACACGUAAGGAGAAUGUGUCAUCCUGUCACAAUUUCCUGUUUUCAUGCAGGUUCAUACAAAUCCCACUCUUAUCUUCCUCAGGCUCUCCAAGCACCAUUGGAUUUAAUCUAGAUCUAUAGCUCCAACUGAUAAGCUCCUUAAAGUCAUGGUGCACAAAUUCGAACUCAGUGAUCUGUGUUGCAAAUCUUUCUUCUUCAGGUGUUUUCUUGUCUUAGUAAAUAACACAGCCGUGUACCCUUACACAGUCAGACACCUCAGAAUCAUCCUGUCCUCCUGUCCCUCCCACUGUCCCUGUCCUCCCAUCUCCAGUCGCCACAGCCUGUCAAUUUUACCUCCUGUUCACUCUCUAUCAUCACCUCUUUUUCAUCUCUUCUGCCCAUGCCCCAAGUCAGACCAUCAUUGACUGCCUUCUCGGUCUCCCUGUUUUAAGUCUCACUGCUGUGCCCCCAGUUCAUCCUGUACAUUUUUGCCAGCAAGCAAGUGAGAAACCGAUCGUGUUAGCCUCCCUAAAAAAUUCUUCAGAGAUUCCUCAUUACUUAACAGGGUAAGAUUUAAGCUCCUCACUCAGAUAUGUAAGGCCCUUCAAUAUCUAUCCCUCCCAGCUUAUUCAGCCUCAUGCUCUGGUAACUCUUCCCCCUGCGCCCAACCCCUCACACUUCACACUCCGUCCGUGCUUGGAGUUGCUUCAACAGGCCACGUUUCUCACACCUUAUUCCCUCUGCUUGGAGUGUCCUCUCUCCUGUUUCCCUAAGGUUGUCUGUGUGGCAAGCCCUCCUUCAACAACCAGGUCAAGUAUUUACCACUUUUGUGAAGGCUUUUCUGAAUUUCCCAGGAGACUGCUGUGAUGGUGAAAACUAUGAGCCAUGUGUAACCCAUGGGUGGCAUGGUUAGGAGUGCUGCUGCUCUAGAUAGGGUUCACUCAUUCAGCCCUCAAGCCAGCAAUGCCUCCAGUGAUCACGAAAUGACCUUUCGGACUUCCCUGGUGGCACAGUGGUUAAGAAUCCGCCUGCCAAUGCAGGGGACACGGGUUUGAGCCCUGGUCUGGGAAGAUCCCACAUGCCGCAGAGCAGCUAGGCCCGUACGCCACAACUACUGAGCCUGCGCUCUAGAGCUCGCGAGCCAGAACUACUGAGCCCGCGUGCCACAACUACUGAAGCCCGCGCGCCUAGAGCCCGUGCUCCGCAACAAGAGAAGCCACAGAAAUGAGAAGCCUGUGCACCACAACGAAGAGUAGCCCCUGCUCGCCGCAAAUAGAGAAAGCCUGUGUGCAGCAAUGAAGACCAAACACAGAGAAAAAUAAAUAAAUAAAUUAAUUAAUUAAAAAGAAAUGACCUUUCAACAUUUUCUGGGCUGCCCCAACAAUGCAGUGUCAGCAUUUCUUCAAUGUGGAUCUGAACCCUCAAUUAUUUAAUAUUAUAUCAAAUCCUUUAGAGACUCAGAGUGGAUCAACAAUUGCCAUACUUUAUCCAAAUGAAUUAGGAUAUUCAUUAUCCUAAUUUCUCUCCAGAGGGAAAAUCCUUUAAUGGAGGGAUACCACAGAUUAUGAGCCUUUCCAAACACCUUAGGAAGACCACUGAUGACACUGCAAAAGUUGUCCCUUGAUGGAGGUCAGAAGGUCUUGUUGUCAUUGACUGGGAAAUCUGGAAGCCACAAUGGGACAGAAACUGGGGCAAUAAAAUCAUGUAAAAACACUACUCCUUAGCCUUUACCAGAAACCACCAUCCUGAUUGGUCAGAAAUGACAGUGAAAACAGUUGCCCAAGAGGAAUUUGAAACUGCUGGAAGGAGUAUUAUGAAUGCUACUCUCACACUGGCUUUAGAAAUGAGACUAAAAUGUGGAUUAUAGGAUAAAUCCACAGACCUACACAGGUAAAUGCCCAAGCGAUGAAAUUUUCUGCAAUGACCAACUCCAGUGGCUAUGGGAAAAAAGCAGAGCACUUUAUAGUUCCAUAUAUUUGGAUAAAAUAUUGAAGUCAAGUUUAAAAGCUUUGAAAUUUGUCCAUUAUCAAGUUAGAGAAGCUAUGAGAAUUGCUGAAAUGGCUACACGUGACUAUGUUUUACCAGUUUUUAUUUUUUCUAGACCAUUUUAUUUGCAUAAUAUUGAAGCUUUGUCACAGGUAAGAAGGAAUAAGUCACGCAUAAAAAAUGGAAAUUUAGUAGAAUAACUCUAUAAAGUUUAGGGAAAAAAUGUUUUAGGAUGCUUAUUUCCCCUUAAUAAUGCUAUUCUAUUAUGAAAGCUAUAUAUUCCUUCAACUGUCAAGCCAAUUCUGAAAAAGUGUCACUGACAGAUGUUUACUUAGAGUUUUUAGAUGAUGAUUCCUACCAGCUUAGCAUUUAAAAGGGUUUCCUGCAGAACAGUUGUUAAGCUUAAAUUAAAUCAUGUAACAUAGAUUAAUUUUGA